AUGGCAGUCUCCGAAGCGGCUGUCGUGUUGCCGUCGUCUGUGAAAGCCGAGUCGGCUCUGGUCUCGGAAAGCCCGGGAGCAGCCGCCGCCACGGCCGCGACCUCCGUGACGCGCGCCACCGUGGCGGCCGCGGCCACGAUGGGCCCCGAAGCCCAGGUGUCCAAGGCCGCUCUGGCGACCAAGCUGCUGUCGCUCAGCGGCGUGUUCGCGGUGCACAAGCCCAAGGGGCCCACGUCGGCCGAGCUGCUGAACCGCUUGAAGGAGAAGCUGCUGGCAGAAGCUGGAAUGCCUUCUUUGGAAUGGAGCAAGAGGAAAAAGCAGACUUUGAAAAUUGGACAUGGAGGAACUCUGGACAGUGCAGCCAGAGGUGUUUUAGUGGUUGGAAUUGGAAGGGGAACAAAAAUGCUGACGAGUAUGUUGUCAGGGUCCAAGCGAUAUAUUGCCACUGGAGAGCUGGGAAAAGCUACUGACACGCUGGAUUCUACAGGGAAAGUAACAGAAGAAAAACCCUACGAUAAAAUAACACAAGAAGAUAUUGAAAGCAUUCUGCAGAAAUUUACUGGGAAUAUAAUGCAAGUACCACCCCUCUAUUCUGCAUUAAAGAAAGAUGGACAGAGACUUUCAACUCUAAUGAAGAGAGGGGAGGCAGUAGAAGCGAAGCCUGCCAGGCCAGUUACUGUGUACAACAUCUCCCUUCAGAAAUUCCAGCCACCAUUUUUCACAUUGGAUGUUGAGUGUGGAGGAGGGUUUUAUAUCAGAAGCUUGGUCAGUGACAUUGGCAGAGAGCUGUCUUCCUGCGCCACUGUGCUGGAGCUGACCCGAACCAAACAGGGGCCGUUUACCCUUGAAGACCACGCGCUUCCCGAAGACAAGUGGACAAUCCAUGACAUUGCGCAGUCCCUGGAGCUAUGUGCGUCUCUUCUGCCAGCAGAGUUGGCACUGAAAAAACCAAAGUCCGAGGAGUCUCACGAGCAGGGUUUGAGUUGUGCAUAUAUAACUCUGAAUGAGCCAAAGGGGGAUGAUGAUGUCACUAAGACACUUUGAGAUUGGCCUGGGCCGAUCGUCGUUUCCCGGUUGGUAUUUGACUCCUAUGUACAGAUGCACAAUGGAUGGCGAGCUGCAAGCAACAGUUACUGCUUUGUUUUCUGUGAGGAAGUGGCCAUCAUUUACAGUUUCUGUAGUGGACACUCUGUGUGCUUACAUUAUAAUCGGCCUUGGUGAUGUUCAAUUCUGGGCUGUACUGUGGAUUGUUCCAGAUGUCUUUAUGUCGUUCAACUGUGGAUUUGAUUGGAUUCAGGAAAAUUAGCUUUCUGAAUUUGAUCUUUCUUUAGUCUUUUUCCUGUGAAAAAGUUGAACAUAUAUUUUAAAGAAAAAGAAAUAAGGCCAGGUGUGGUGGCGCACGCCUUUAAUCCCAGCACUUGGGAGGCAGAGGUAGGAGGAUCACCGGGAGUUCGAGGCUGUCCUGAGACUCCAUAGUGAAUUCCUGGUCAGCCUGAGCUAGAGUGAGACCCUACCUCGAAAAACCAAAAGAAAAAGAAGAAAGAAAUAAGACUUACUUGUUUUUACUAUUUUUACAAAAGUGACUUGUUAUUUUUACUCUGUUAGGCUGCUGGGCGGUUCCAUCGUUUAGGAAUUCUUCACUUCUGUUUGAGAUGUUCAGUAUGGACCUGUUCCAUAUGUUUGGAGAGUUUAUUAUAAAGAAACUUCGUUUUGGUAACAGUGUACUCAUCUAGUAAUAGCUGUGUUUGUUUCGGUCUUGGGAAUGAAUACAUUUUUAUGAUAAAUAUUUAUAAAUGAACUAGGUGGCUCUGCUGCCACUAUCAGGGUGUAAAUAGAAAAUAAAUGUCUAAUUUUAUCUCUGUCACUUAGAAGACUGCUUGUCUGGCUGUAUAUUGUGGAAAUAACAUAAUCUUGAAAAUGUACAGAGUGCAUCUGGAAUUCAGGUUUUCUUUUCUUGGCUCUUCAGCAGCUGUUUGCAUUUCUUUAUGGGCAUUGGUACCCAUGGCAUGGCUCUUUACAUUUCUUUAUGGGCAUUGGUACCCAUGGCACGGCUCUUCACCUUUCUUUAUGGGCAUUGGUACCCAUGGCAUGGGUUUUCACAUUUCUUUACAGGCAUUGGUACCCACAGCACAGCACAGCUUUUCACAUUUCUUUACGGGCAUUGGUACCCACAGCACAGCUUUUGCACAUUCCUUUAUGGGCAUUGGUACCCACGGCACGGCUCUUCACAUUUCUUUACGGGCAUUGGUACCCAUGGCGUGGCUCUUCACGUUUCUUUACGGGCAUUGGUACCCAUGGCGUGGCUCUUCACAUUUCUUUAUGGGCAUUGGUACCCACGGCACGGCUCUUCACUUGCUGCUCUUCAGGCGCUUAUGGGCGUGGGGGAGCUGCCCUGUGUCUCCAGCUCAUUUCUUCCUCUCUGAGUAUGGAGAACAGUGAUUCUCAAAUGUGAUUUUCAAGUAGCUUUUGAAAGUUCCCUUUGUACCAUACUUUUGAAAAUGUGGUCUUACACCAUAGCAAAUUUCAUGUGAUCAGUACUUUUUUUUUUUUUU